AGUGUUGGAUGUUUCCUGCUGGGCGUCACACUGGCAGCCGAAACUAAUAAGCAUCAGCCGCAGAAACAUUUCGUUGCGCAUCCGCAAUUACUGCGAAACAAGCGGGGACUGCUGUCCGCCCUGUUCGGUGCGGGUGAGCAGCAGCAGACCACGCCACUACCGGCGGAAGUGCUACCCGUCUACGGUGACCCGGCGCAGCCCCCGCUGCAUAUGCUGUACGGUCACUCGACCGGACUGCAGCAGCAGGGACCUUACGCGCCGUAUCCGGUGGUGUUCCUUCCAGGGCCACCGGCUGCUGCCGGUGAGCAAAGCCCGUACCUUCCGCUGUUGGCAUACGGCGGUGUCGCUGGUGACAAUAAUCAUCUGCCGACGGUUCUCGGUUGGCCCGAACCAACACCAUUCGCACCACUUGCACCGGACGCAACGGAGGCAACGAUUGGUACGAGCGGUCAGCCGACCACCACCCCGCAGACGGUGGCAACAAGUUCCGCCCCACCGAAGGGCGAUCCGAGUGUGGCAAAGUCGGCUUAUUUACUGAAACUGAACCUAACCCCGGCGGAGGAGCGUGAACUGAAGCGAUUAGCCAAACUGCUCGGUGUUACCGAUUUCGAGCACCUGCCACCGUUCGAAGACGUCCAGGCACUGCUGGGCACAUCGACGUCCGGCGAAACAAUCAAAGCGAUCAAAGAGUACGCCGCGACCCCGGACGGGUUGGAACUCAUCAAAGAUUAUGUGAUGAGCUAUCAGCCGGCGAAGCGCAUCAGUCUCGGCAAGGAACCGUACGUGGGUAACGAGAUCGUACCGGUUGAAUCUGUCACCCCGGCGGAAACAGCGGCCACGUCCCUGGGCAGUGGGUUUUUCGCUCACCUGCGUCGGUUGAAAUCGUUGCUAACGUUCGGCUACUUUGAUGCAACCGGUGACGAAACGCCCGCAGAAUCGGCACUGGAAGUCGCCGCACCGGACGUGGCCAGUGAGGCACCAUUCACACCGAACGAAUACCCCGGUUUUGAGAUUCGUGAUGUGCGUGGGUCGGCUUCACCACUGCCCGUAGCACAUUAUCUUAUACCGGUGCGAACUCUACCGCGCCAUUCGUCACCCGGCGAUUUUAAGUACGCAUCCGCGUUACCAUUCCCGUACGCCGUCCACUAUCCCGCGGUCGUGCCCCAGCUCCAGGACACGAAUCCCUUCACCGUGCUUAAGGAACCGGCGGUUUCCGACGUCUCGCAUCUCUUUGUAAGCGAACCGUCCAUCUCGAACGAACCAUCCCCGGUGGAGGUGAUACUUCCCAAGCGUGUCGCACCACCCACGUUGGCUACCGGCGAGGUGCAUUCCUUUGAGCGUGCGGACAUUGAGCAACCGGUGCGCACCACAACACCUGCCGGGCAGCAGCAUGAAUUGACCAUCAGCACUGUUACCAGCACGGUUGUAGACGACAAUGCAGCACUGACCGAUAUUGCCGAGCUCGCGAACGACACGACCAAUUUCCUGCUGAACGUACUGGAUACCGAGGAGACCGCGUAG